CCCCCCCCCCCCCCCCCCCCCCCCCCCCCCCCCCCCCCCCCCCCCCCCCCCCCCCCCCCCCCCCACUAUAUUUUAUUUUACUACCAUUGUUAUGUUACUCCACUGACUGAUUCGAAUACGAUUAUGCAUAACUUAUUAUUAUGUUUAUUUAUGCUUCGUUAGUUACGAUAUUAGGCGCCUCGAUCUAUCGUUAUACUAUAUCAUUUUUAUAAACGCCAUGAGCCACACAAGUGGAAGGAAAAUGUGUUUUGGCCUUGGAUAAUUAUUUUUGUAAAAAAAAUUUCAUUCAUUGUUCUUUUAUCAUACAAAAAUGUACUGCUCAGAUACUACUGAUAGGAUGUGCUUGAAGCAGUACGCUUAUAUCUGUUACGUUGCUUUUGGUCUGUGUUGUUUUUAUUCAUUUACAGUACGUUGUUUUCUCCUUAUUUUCAUUUCUUCAUCUGUUAGACGAUCUUGUUCAGUUCUAAUCAUCUCUAUUUUCUGCUUUACAAGGGGGCUCAGUGAGACAUCGUAGCAUGUCUAGUAUUUGUUCUGUGUUGUUCUUAAGUUAGAAAAAUAUGUGUUAAUCAUAUCAGUUCAUCUGCUAAUGCACAAUACUCUUGUAUUGUUUGGGUAAAAUCCGAGUGUUUUCAGGUAUAUUGUCAUUCUCUCUUUUACUAUUUAGACGCAGAAAUCGUUUACUAUACAAUUGAAUCCACAUCGUCAGAUUACCAACUGAACGAACAAUAUUAAAUCCUCAACUGUUAUUCAACAGCAAAGAAUCAAUCAGCAAUCAAUAAAAAUGAAAAAAUCAUCAAAAAAAUUGUCAUCAGACACACGACUGAAAGAUGGUUCCAGCAAAAAUUAUAAUAACAACAGUAAUAUUGUUAUUGAACAACAACAAUUAUCAGAUAGAAAACCCGAUGUAAUUCCAUCAUCAUCGUCUAAAAACAAAAUAAAACCAUCACAAUCAAUGACAUUUAUGUCAGUUGACAAUCAACAGAUGUGGAAUAAUUCGGAUGUUCCAUCACAAUCGUUAUUUCAAUCACCAGUUGUUUAUCCUAUUUUUCCCAAUUAUCCUUAUUGUUAUCAGCAGCAACAACAAACCCUAAUCAGUAGAGAAAUUUCCCUGGAAGAAUUAAAUAAUCAUAUAUCUGAGUUGAUCGUUAGAAUUCAUACAAACAGAAGAUAUGUUAGUAUUGAUAACUUAGAACAUGAAUUAUUUAUUUAUUAUCAGGUGCAUGAAUGGAAACAAUUAAAUAAAGAAUUGGAAAAUAAACCUUAUUCACCUAAAUUAAAAAAUUUAUUUAAUCUGAAACAGAAACUAAAAAAAAUUAAAACAUUCUUACAAGCGCUUCAAACUUUAAAUACAUUAUGUACACUCUAUGAAUUAGACGAAAUACUAGGAAAAUUAUUUAAUAAACAAAAAUAUGAUGAUCUUACACUAGGUCCUUUAAAAGAAAAUGUUGAUAUUUGUUCUUUCUUUAACUUUCCCCACGGUUGUGAAAUACCACCAAUAACAUCCGUUGAUGUCUAUGGAUACUUGUACAAUUAUAUGUUAUGCUGUAAUUGGAAUCCACAAAUCGAUUUUAAUGCAUUUGAAGUUGGAUUGCAGUACCAGUAUAACGUACGAGAAUUAGGUGAAGUGGGAAUUCGAGUUACAUCAUGGCCAUUCCUAGUUGAAAAUCUAAACUUUGUUGGACGCAAUGUUUGGCAAAGGCAAAAUCAUCAGCUGGAACAAUAUUUGUAUAUAAAAUUUAAUGAAAUGAUUUGUGAAAUAAAAGAUAAUUUUAAACAUACAUUAGAAGACAUUAAUCUUAAGCAAAGAUAUGUGCACAAGAGUUGUUCGUCUGUACUUGACGAUCUCAUUAUGAUUAUUAGAAAUUAUAUUUUUUUUAACGAACAGUAUCAACUUCUUGAAUUAAUGGAAUUAUUUAAACAAAAUAAAUUAUACGAAUGUCUGCUAAAUUUCGCUAUUCUACUAGGUAGUUAUGAAACACCUGAUAAUUUAAUGUCACAAUUGCAACAAAUAUACUCACAACAACAGCAUAUUCCAAUAUAUCCGACUAAUAUAUCUACAAUACAACCAUCAAUGGAUCAACAAUCGAUAUCGCCGCAUCAACCCUACCUUCAAGAACAACAACAAUAUCAAAACAGAUGCCGCGAACUUUGUCGACAAAUUUCUGAAAUUAUUUGUAAAACUGAUGGAAUAUUGACAAUCCAAAAUUUACUUUUUAUUGAAGAUGAAUUAUGUUCAAAAUAUCAGCUUAAUGAUUUUACUGAAUUUAAUUGUGGUGAUUUUUUAAAGUUCUUUAAUUUACAUAGAGAGAAUAUUGAUCAACAUUUGGAAUUGUAUUUAUAUCAACCGGAUUCCGGUAUUAAAUGUUCAGAUCUAUUAAGAUUUGUUAAUAAAUUUUUAGAUUAUACGAAAGAAGAUCAGAAUGAUCAUCAUUUGAAUUUGAUUGAAAAAGCUGUACUUCAUAAAUUUAAAAUUUAUGAUUUAAAAUCCAUUGGUUUUUCGAGUAUGAAACAAUUAUGUGAGAAGAUCAAGCAACAAUAUGAUAAACCAAUGCAAACAAUAGUACAAUACGAAGAAGUUCUGUUGAGUGAUGAAUGUCUUCAAGGAAUCGAUGUUGGAAUUCAUUGUUCAUCAAUAACAAAUUGUGAUCAUCUAUGCAAAUAUUUAUUAACAUGUCCAAUUUUGACAGAUCUAUCAUUGUACUCUCAUUGGAAUCGUUUAUAUCUUCAACAAUAUGGCCAACUGAAAGAAUUUUUAAUUAGAAAUGACUAUAAAAUGCCAGAGAUGAAAUGUUUGGAAUUGACUAAUGGAGUACUUAUUCGUCUCAUUUACAAUCCCAAUAUAAAACAAUUUGAAGAGGAUCUUUCAAAUCAAAAUUUAAAACAAGCGGCAUGUCAACUUCUAUCCUUGGCCGUUGAAGAAACUCAAUUACCAUUACAACCAAUUAUUCAAACAAUAAUAUAUACAUGGUUUUUAGAUUUACGUUCUAAAAUGAUAACUGAAAAUCAAAAUAUUCAUAAACCAUUUCAAUUGAUUUUAGAAUUUCUUUUUUAUUUACCAUGUCUAUUUACAAUAACGAUAUUUAGGCCAUUGAUAUUAUCAAAGCUUGAUGAAGUAUUUCGUGAUACCGAACAAUUGAAAAUAUUAUGGGAUUUAACAGAAGACAAUCAACAACAAAGAAUGUAUUUAGAAGAAAUUGGUUUAGCUUUAGGCAUCUAUGAAUGGACACAAAAAUUAUGUUUAAAUAUUGAGCAAUUACAAUUAAAAGAGAAUCAGCAGACAUUGACAAUGGUAACAGUAACAUCGACUUCAUCUUCCACUAAUCAUGAUGACAAUCAAAAACAAUUCGAAAUUAAAGAUGAAAAUAGUAAAACAGUAGCAUUUUCCUCUCCUUCAUCGAAGGUCUCCAUUCCCGAUUCUUCUAAAAAUAUUACAGUUGAACUGGGUCAGGAUGAUGCAAUCUCAGCGAAAUCUGAAGUAUCAUCUGCUUACCAACAUAUCGAUGAAAUUCGAUGUAGUAAAUUUGGUGAAAAUUUGGCUUUGGAUACUAAUAGUCAACCAUUGGUACAACACCUUCAAGGUAUUCUUGAAAGAGCGCUAGAUAAAUUAGCCAAUGACCUUUAUUCAGAACAAACACAUUUUGUUUUGGAACUACUCCAAAAUGCAGAUGAUAAUCUAUAUCUACUAAUACAACUAUCACAGUCGGAUGUUCCAAAAGUUAAAUUUAUUAUAUCAAAAACAGCGAUAAUAUUGUGUAAUAAUGAGGAUGGUUUCACAAAAAUUAAUAUGGGUGAGUAUGGCGUUUCUGUUCGUUCAAGUGACAAACACAAACAAGGUUAUCUUGGACAUAAAGGUAUUGGUUUUAAAUCCGUGUUUAUAGUCACAGAUCGACCAGAAAUUCAUUCCAACGGUUAUCAUGUUUGCUUUGAUGCAACAGUAGGACAAAUCGGAUAUAUAAAGCCUACCUGGUUGUCUGUCUAUAAUCCACUACCGAAUGACGGCACUUCAUGGACUACAUACAUUCGAUUGAAUUUAAAACCCGAAAUACAAGACAGUUUGGAAAGUAAAUUUGGUGAUAUUCAAUCACCACUGUUGCUCUUUUUAAAUCGCUUAAAAGAAAUUGAAAUUGUUUACAGUGAUAAACAAUGUUCAAAGGUCAAACCACGUGACACGAAAUCAGAUAUUGUUUCAACCGAUGUGUGUUGUGCAUUUCCAUUGGAUGGUUUAACACAACAACAACAACAACAACAAUCUUUACGAAUACAACCUGUUUAUGCUUAUUUGCCAUUACGCCAUUAUGGUUUUCGUUUUGUUCUGCAAGCUGAUUUUGAAAUACCAGCAAAUCGUCAAGAAAUUAUGCGUGAUAAUAUAUGGAAUGAUGUAUUAAAGAGUGGAAUGUCCGAUUUGUUAUUAAUGGCUUAUGAACAAUUUGAAAAAUUACCUGAAAUAAUUCAACAAUUAAAUUUAAAUAAUACCAAUAAUAUUGAUUUAAUUCAAGUUUUUAAAUAUUUUCUCAAAUUUAUUCCUUACAAUAAAAAUGGAAUUGAUCCAUAUUUUCAUAGUUUUGUUGAAAAUACAAUGAAAGUAUUAAUAACAAAAUUAAAAUUUCCUAUUGAAUCAUGUUCUUUAACGAAUAAAAUUGAAUGGUUUCCAUCAAGUAAAUGUAUUUACGUUAAAGAUGUACUUAUACGAAAAGUAUUGCCAAGUGAACUUUUAUCCAAACAUUUAGAUCGAUAUUAUUUACAUCAACAAUUAAAUGAUUUAGAUGAAAAUUUAUUGUAUAAAUUUGGUAUUCAAAAGUUGAAUACACAAGAAAUUUUACAUAUAAUUAAUGAAUUAUUUUCGAAUGAACAACAUACUAUUAAUACAUGUUCAAUUGAACAGAUAGCACAAUGGUUAUUAUGUAUAGAUUAUUGUUUACAUAAUAGUGAACAACAUGCAACAAUAAAUGAUGAUUACAGGAGAACUUGUGAAAAAUUACGACAUCUCAAAAUUCUACCAAUACAUAAACAAUUAAAACUUGUAUCCAUUAGUGAGAUGACAAUAUUUUUUCCUGUAAAAGAUAACAUUUUGCAAAAAUUUAGUAACCAUAUGCGAUAUCUCUAUGAAGAUCUAACGAUUUUGAAUAAUGAUCUAUUACUGUAUGUUCAAAAACAUUAUUCAUUCCGAUAUGAAUCAUUUUUACAAUUAUUAAAAGAGUUGGGUAUACAUGAUAAUGAUACAUCAGAUUUGAAUGAAAUUUAUGAUAAACAUAUUUGUACGGUAUUAAAAAAUGAAAAUUUAUGGAAACAAAAAUUAGAAUCUGUACUCGUUUCAUAUCUUGUCUGCAUUUACGAUUACUUGUAUAUGACACAAAACAGGUCAGAAAAAAAUCGUCGAAAAUUUGAUAUGAAAGAAUUAAAAUCAUUUGUACAAAUAAAAACACAAAAAAAAGAAUUCUAUAACCCUCAAGAAACUGUCAUUCAUCUAACAGCGAAAUAUGGUAGUAAUUGUAGAUUGGAUGAAAUUAAAAUUAAAGAUUGGCUAUUUAUUAGUGACGAUUAUUUUGAUUUUAUAUCAGAAAAAUUGUUACCACAAUUUAAAUUAUUUUUAGAAGAAUUAGGCAUUUAUGAUUCUUUUAAAAUUGAUAUUCGAGAACGUUAUUUUUCAUCAAUCACUGAAUUACGUGGUACACAAUGGGAACGUUUUGAAGAAGAAUUAUUAUCAUUAAUUGUACAUGAUCAAGAAUUUUCAUUAAUCGAUUAUGAAUGUUUGGAAUUGAAUAGUCUUUUAGAAAUGGAAUCGACAACACAAAAUUUUACACAAUUAAAAUAUGAAUCAUAUUCUUCACUAUUGACAUGUUUAAAUCAAUGUUGGCAUCAAAUAAAACGUUUUUUAAAUAUUCAAAUUUCUUUAAAUCAAAAUACAUCAAAAUCACGUUUACAGGAUUGUAAAGAUAUAGAUUCAACAUUCUGUUCAGUUUUAAAACAAAGUAAUUGGAUUCCUGCGAAUUUUAUACAACGUAAAUACAAUGAACUAACAAAACAAAUUGAGAUGGAAAAAUUAAAAUUAGUUUGUAAACCAACUGAAGUUUUUAUUCAUUUAAAAACGGAUUCAUCUUUGCAAAAAUGUUUCAAAGAUUAUUUUCCCUACAUUGAAGAUAAUAAUUUAAAAGGACCAUUUAGAGAAAAAAUCGGUUUACAUGAUAAAUGUAGUCAAGAAGAUAUGAUGAAAGUAUUGCUGCAUUGGUCAAAUCCAGAACAAACAUCAUUAAAGGUUGAUGCCUCAUUUUUACAAACGUCAACCGAUGAUAAAAGAAAAAUUCUUGAAGAACAACUAUUAUAUCCACCAUGUCGUUAUAAUGGAUAUUCAGGUCCAAUAUUCAUUAGUACAUUAGAACACAUGAACAACUUAUAUUCGUAUGUAUCAGAGUUAUUAAAAAUUUAUUCUGAAAAAUUAAGUGAAUUUCCAUUUGUAUUUGUACCGCAAGAAAAUUUAUAUUGUUUAAAUGAUAUUCCACAAGAACAAUUUGAUGAACCACAACAUGCACAAAAAAUAAAAUCCACUUGGUGUAUUGGUGAAUUUUUGUAUUUGGAUGAAGUCUAUUGGACUGAUCCAACCAAUUUGUUCAAUAAAUAUUCGAAAAACAGUAGUCGUCAACAACGAAGUUUGGAUAUUUAUUAUAAUGAAUUAGAGAACCUUUUUAAAUAUACUCUAAAUAUUUCACGGGCACCUAAAUCAAAAGAUUAUUAUCCAUUAUUAUUUGAAUUAAUAGAAAGUAUAAAGACACGUUCUUCUAAUACCUAUGAUGAAGAUCUGAAUGAUAUUUGGAAAAUUUAUGAAACAUUUGCUUUACACACAACAGUAAUAGUUACAGCCCAUGAUCAAUCAUCGUAUAUCAAUCAACAAAUAGCAAAAGAAAUUAUUAAUACAUUGAAUAAUCAUGAUUGUAUACCAAUAAUGGAGAAGAGUGUUUUCGUAAAAAUCCUUGAUCAACCAUUGAUACCAGACGACGAUGAAAUAGCUCGCUUAUUUAUGGAUGAUUCAUUUAUACCAUUAAUUCAAUUGCCUGAUAAUUCGCCAACAAUUAAAUGGAGACCUUUUUGUGAAAUGUGUCGUUUUGAAAAUUUAACUUCAUAUGUUCAAUCGUUUGUUUAUAUUUCAGAUUUUCAUCAUCAAAAAGAAUAUUGUUUACAUUUAUAUGAAUUUUUUUCAUCGACUAUUAUUUAUAUUCAAAUUUAUUUGUAUACUCGAAUGAAAGAAUUAACACGUACAUUUGAUAAACUUGAUUUAUAUAAAAAAUUUCAAUCUAUGACAUUUUGGUUGGUUGAUCAUUUAGAAGUUCAUUAUGUAUAUAAAAAGGAUUCAUCUAUAGAAGCCAAGAGAAAAUAUGAUGCUUAUAUUGAUGAUAAUAAAUUUUAUUUAUUAAAGAAAUAUAAAGAGUCUAAUCGAAAAUUUAUUGAUGCAAUGGUUAAUUUUUUAAUACCGUUGAAUAAAAGAGAAUUUAAUGUUGAACGACGAAGAUUGGCAGAUUUUAUUUAUGAAUUAUAUGAUGAAUAUCAACAUGAUCAAAUUCAAGAAUAUCUUAUAAAAAUAAAUCUACCAUUGGACUUACCUUCAAGUGGUGUUAGACAAUGGAAAAUAGAAAAAUAUAUGACAACAACAGAAUGUGAGAUCAAUACAAUAACAACAAAUGACAACAAUGAAUCAACCAAUCUCGAUCAAAAUUUGAUACGAAAAUUGAACGAGGAAUCAUUACUGCUUAAAAGAUCAAGCGUUCAAUCAGUUAAUUUGAAACAACGAACAGACGUGGAAAAUGAUAAAACAGCAUCAUUGCAAGUAUUGCUAACGACAGUAGUCACUGAUAUGCCAUUAUCAGUACUACCGCUAGUAAAUACAAUCACAAACAUUAGCGAACAACUACUGGAGACAUCAAAUCAGCAACAAAGUCAGGUGCCAAGAACAGAUGAACAAUCCAAUUUGUCUACUUCCUCUAGACGAAAGAAACCAGAAAAACGAAAAAACGCUAAACAAAAACAACUAGUUGAAACUGAAUCGUCAAAUGUUUCAUCAUCUACAGAAGUUUCUACCACAGGAAGAAGCAAGCAUAAACACAUGACACCAGAGAAUAGAAAAAGCAAAGGAGAUCAAGACGAUGGUAAAUAA